AUGGGACGGAGCCGCAGCCGGAGCGGCUCGAAGCCGCGAGACGGGGGUGGAGGCAAGCGUGAGAAGGGCACGAUCAACACUUGGAACAACGACCGCCAGUUCGGCUUCGUCUCCUGUGAUUCUGGCCGCCAGGAUCUCUUCACUCAUGCGGAAUACAUCACGGACACUAAUGCGCGAUACGAUGCGAAGACACGUGGCUUGCGCCGUGGGGAUAGGAUAUCCUUCGAGGUCGAAGAGCCACAGGGCAACAAGAAGAGUCAGCAGGCUGUGAAUGUCGAGAUACUAGAGCUGGCGGGGCUCUCAAUGUUUGCUUGCCCACGUUGCAUUCAUCUCGAUGGCUUCGGCGAUCGUCCAGAGCCCGUCCUCGAGGAUCAUAAUAAAACUAUUAUGUUUAGCAGGAAAAGUAUCGGCAGAUUAGCAUCUUCCCUCCCAGUUUUGUCUUUGCAAGCAGCCUUUAACCCAACAUCCCAAAAUGCCCUAAGCUCUAACCGGUCUUGA